UCCACGCCCGGCCCGGCAUCCCCACGCAGCCCCGGAGCCCGGCAGCUUCGUGCAGCAUCUGCCUUCCGGGAGCGUCCGGCGCCUGAACCCUCAGGUCGGGGUGGUCGCAGCGGCCGGAGCGGCUCGGCGAGGAAAGAUGGCUGCCCUGACGACGGUGGUGGUGGCGGCGGCGGCCACGGCGGUGGCCGGGGCUGUGGCGGGGGCGGGCGCGGCCGCGGGGAGCGGCGUGGGAGCAGCGCAGGUGCCGCCACAGAAUGAUGGCUGUUUUGGUACUUCAGGUGGAAUUCGUUCUUUUCAGCUUCACAACUGGAAACAGAAAGUUAGUCAGCCUAAGAAAGCAGAAUUCAUACGCACAGCAGAAAAAUUUAAAAAUUUAGUUAUUAACAUAGAAAAAGAUAAACACAGUCAUUUCUACAACCAAAAAAGUGACUUCAGAAUCGAGCAUAGUAUGCUGGAAGAAUUGGAAAACAAAUUGAUUAACAACAGGAAAACAGAAAGAUCAAAAAUCCAGCAACAAUUGGCCAAAAUACAUAAUAAUGUAAAGAAACUUCAGCAUCAGUUAAAAGAUGUGAAGCCUACACCUAGUUUUGUUGAAAAGCUCAGAGAAAUGAUGGAAGAAAUCGAAAAUGCAAUUAACACUUUUAAGGAGGAGCAGAGAUUAAUAUAUGAAGAGCUUAUUAAAGAAGAGAAAAUAACUAAUAAUGAGUUGAGCGCCAUCUCAAAGAAGAUUGAUACAUGGGUUUUGGGUAGUUCAGAAACAGAUAAAGCUUUCAGAGUGAUGUCAAGCAAAGUUCCUGUAGACAAAGUAGCACCAACUACUCUUCCAGAGGAAGUGGUGGAUUUUGAAAAAUUCCUUCAGCAAACAGGAGGGCGACAAGGGGGCUGGGAUGACUAUGAUCACCAGAACUUUGUAAAGGUGAGAAACAAACAUAAAGGGAAGCCAACAUUUAUGGGAGAAGCCCUAGAACACCUUCCCGGAAGAACACAGGAUGAAGUUGAACAGCAUGAGAAAUGGUAUCAAAAGUUUCUGGCCCUAGAAGAAAGGAAAAAAGAGUCUAUUCAGAAUUGGAAAACUAAAAAGCUGCAAAAAAAGGAGGAAAUUUUCAAGGAAAAGGCAGAGGACAUGCCUAUGCUUUUUCAAAGCAAACAAGAAGAUAAUCAAAAGCAAAAAGAGGAACAAAGAAAGAGGCAGAAAUUGGCAGUGGAAGCUUGGAAAAAACAGAAAAGUAUAGAAAUGUCAAUGAAAUAUGCUUCCCAGUUAAAAGAAGAGGAAGAGAAAGAGAAAAGGCAACAGAAAGAGCGCCAACGCCAGUUUAAACUAAAAUUACUACUAGAAAACUACACCCAGCAGAAGAAAGAACAGGAAGAAUUUUUAAGACUUGAAAAGGAGAUAAGGGAAAAGGCAGAAAAGGCAGAAAAAAGGAAAACUGUUGCUGAUGAAAUUUCCAGAUUUCAAGAAAGAGAUUUGCGUAAACUUGAACUGAAAAUUCUUGAUAGACAGUCAAAAGAAGAUGAAAAGGCAGAAAAACAAAGAAGACUGGCAAAAUUAAAAAAAAAGGUUGAAAACAAUGUUAACAGAGAUCCUUCUAGGCUUUACAAACCUACCAAAGGCUGGGAAGAACGGACCAAAAACUUAGGACCAACAGGCUCUGGGCCACUUCUACAUAUCCCACAUAGGGCUAUUCCAACCUGGAGACAAGGACUUUAGAAAAGAAUAUGAGAUAAUGAAAUUGGUAUUCAGUUGAUGGGAAUGUUAGCAUAUUCAGCUUGAAUAGGACAGAGUGAUUCACAGCAUGUUUUUUAAAUAUCACUAGCUAAGACAGACUGAUUAUGGUGUUGUAUGUAAAUUGACAGAUGUUAAGCUCCAAGUAGUAUUGUCAUUAGUAUUUCCUGUUUAUACCAAGAGGGUAUGUAAUGUGUAUGUUGGCCUAUUAUUAUGUAAAAGUUUUUUUGAAUAAGUUUGUGUUACAAAUACUAUUUCAUUUAAAUACCCACAACAUUUCAAAGAUACUUUCUUUUUGGCAUGCCACAGCAAAAUAAGUUGGGAUAAUCACGGAAUGACAUUUUCAAACCAAACUUUUGUAACAUUUAUAUUUUGGAGGUAAGUUAGCUUGAGAAACAAAAAUAUAAAAAAAUUUUUGGUUUGAAUUAUGAAAUAAGUUAGUACUUUUUCUAAGGUUAACAAAUUGGUAGUUUAUUAGUUACUACAUUUUUAUGUAAUAAAUAUUUUGUAUUUGUUCGAAGCAUGCUUUGUUUUAUAUAUUUAUAUUAAAAAUAUGCCUCACAGUUCACACCUCAUUUAUACUCUAUUAUUUGUAUUAUUGAUAAAAUCUUUUUGGUUUUCUUUAGCUUUUCCAAUUUUCCUUUUAGCCUUUUUGGACUUGACACAUUUAUAAAAUCCUUAUGUCUUUCAUAUCUUCUUGCCUGAUUCAAUUUUUGCUUCUGUUUGCCUCAAAACAUUUGUUCAAAAGUUACUUUUAAAAUUUACAAGCUUUGGUACAUGAAAACACAAUGUAACAAUUAGUCUCAACUUUUCAUAUAAAAUCUUAGUUCCUAACUUUAAUUAGUUCUCAACAGCUUAUAGAAAAGUUACCAUCCUAUCUAAUAAAGAGGGAAUAUGCAAAUUGACCAUCACAUCAUCAAAAAGAUUUCGGCACCCAUAACCACAAGAUGGCAGUGCCCAGUCCCCUCAACCCUGCGGGAGCCCCCCAGUCCUUCCAGCCCUGCUGGGGGAGGAAGGGGCAGGCACACAGUGCGGCUGGACCCGCCCUCUGCCCCCCAGCUGCCCAGGGCCAGCCCAAGGUGCAGGCAAGCCUUGGAUGUUGGCUGUCCACCUAUCCAGGGCCACCCAAGACUCAGGUAAGUAGGGCCGGCCAAAGCUUGCUGCUGGCUGUGGCAGUAGCAGAGGUGUGAUGGGGCCAAGUCGCCUCCCACCCCUGAGGGCUCCAGGACUGUGAGAGAGGGCAGGCUGGGCUGAGGGCCCCCUCUCUCCAGUGCAUGAAUUUUCAUGCACCAGGCCUCUAGUAUACAUAAUAAACAAAGUUAUUUCUUAUGACUUUUAGAUGUGACUUGAUACAUUUAGGUCAAAUGACUCAAAUUUACUAAGUAAUAGUAGUCAAAACUUUUUUCUUAUUUUACAAUUAUGACUCAAAGUAAAUAUAAUUUCUAAAGGGAACUAAAUUAUUAUUACACAGUUAUUGUUGCAAAAUAGGAGAAUUAACAUAAAACAUCCUUAAUCAGGAAAGCACAUUUUAUUUGUAGCACUCAUUUUCCAUGAAUUUUAAAAAUGAUUUGAGGCUGUUUAGAAUAAAAUAUAGAACAGGACAAGGGAAUUUAAAAACAAUUGAAUAAGAAGAUACAGAAAAGUAAAGGUUUUUAUUUGCUACUUACUAACAUGUUGCUUUUUUUCCCACACACAAAGGCAGCUUUCAAUUUCCUGCAUCUAAGGUAAGUAUAGUGGGCAAUGCUAUAUGGGUUUUUUUGUUUAUUUUUAUUUUGUCUUUUUAAUAAUAGAAAGUGUAUGGAAGUUUCUUUGAACAACCAGUCCUUCUAACUGAAUCUAAAGUGAAUGAGGAAUUUGUUAAAUGGCUCUUUAUACAGACUACGUAAAAUAAACAACAGACAUGUCUUCAGUUGCAAGCUCAUAGAAGAGAUGUCAAACACUUCUUAAACUAGUUUAAAAGUACGUUAAUAAGAAAUUUAGA